AACGAGGAAGAUCGUCAGGAUGAGGCAAAUAAAAUGUUAAGAGAAUAUCUCGAUCACCCCGUGCAACCAAUCUCGAUUAAACGCAAAAAAAAUAACAGCAAUAUAAAGAGUGCACAUACUGACGGCACUAUAUCCCAUUCUCGUACUUUUAAGUAUCAUGGGGUUAAUUUCGAGUACAAGUGGGAUGAGUGUAGUUCUCAGACCUCUCCUUAUCUAGAAAAUUGUAGCUAUUAUUUAGUUUUCUGCAACGAACAAAAAAAUCAACCCUCAUUUCGUGUCACUAAUUUUCCAUGCUUUUUAGUUACAAUUGCAGGACCUUAUUUUUCAGUUUCUGGUGCAGUGUUUGCAGAUGUUGCUAUUGUUGACCCACUUACUCCGGUCUUUCCCCUCAUUUGGCAGAAACAUGAUGAAAUGAUGUUGUCAAUUUCUAGAACAUUUC